AUGGGUAAGUCGCCAAUCCCUAAAACGGACUAUGUAAUUUAUCUGCGGAGUUACGUUACGGGCAGGCAUUUUACCAGAGGUUUCGAUUGUAUCAAUCUCCCCUUGUGCGAUUCCUGUUGA